CUCAGGCCGGGCACGCUCGCCCGCCCGCCGCGCCCCCAGCCCCUCUCUUCCCUCACGCUGAGGAGAACGAGGGCGCGCCCGCCGCUCCCUCCCUUUGUGUGCGAGCGAGGGAGCAGGCGCGGGCGGGCCCCAGACACAGCGCGGGGGGAAGGCGCCGAGCAGCCGGAGCGCCGCCGCGGAGGCGGGAGGAAGAUGGCUCUACGGAUACCGCGAUCCGCGCUGGGAAUAAUACCCUAUGUGGCCAUUUACGUGCUGUGAUUUCUUUCUCUGCGUAUUCCUGUGCACCACAGCAGUGUGAGCGGGGAGGCUGGCUGAGUGAAAGGCUGCUUUUCGGAUAUUCUGUGGCAUCUGCCUUGCCUGGUGUUGAAGGGUAAAAGCUUUGUGCCUCGAAGGCAUCCUUCCCAUUCUUCAGGAGUCGAGGGAGCUUGCGUUCUGACAAUGAUGAAAACCGAAGGCAAAGGGGAAAGGACUUUAAGAAGUGCUUCUCCCCACCGAAAUGCCUAUAAAUCAGAUUUCCAUGCUAUCAAAUGCUCUUUUGAUGGUGUAAACAAUCCUGAGAAUGCUUCCAACAAAACAGGCUUGCAUCAGAAGCUGGGCAUCUCUUCCAAUGGAGGGGGAAGUGACCCACACAGUCGAGGCAGAGCUGCCACUUAUGGCAAUAGAGUACAUAAGAUCAAGAAUAUGUUUCUGCAAAUGGGAGGCUCUUCUUCCACACCCCCUUGUGAAAGCAGUCCACCUGCUGAGACCAAAUUAAUCAACCGGGCGACAUCAGCAGAAUAUGGACCUUCUCCAGGUAGUCCAUCUUUCCUCAUUGUCCAAAAGAAUAAUUUUCUUAAUACAAGUACAAGCCCCUGUGGCAGUCCUGUGGAUUCAUCAUCUGUGCCUUCUGCUACUACUGACAAGGUCAUCCGUACCAAUGAUGAGGCAGACUUGGACAAAGUUGCCCUGGCAGAAAAAUUUUCGGAAACCAGGAAGCUAUUUGAGAGAAACAUAAAACAACGGAGCUCAGUGGACAGAUACUCCCCCGGCAAAUGUGAAAGAAGUGAGGAUAAGAAGAGACGCAGUUCAACUUCUGAUUGCAACAGUGUGGUUGACCACAUUAGUUUCAGUAUGGAAGCAAGUCCUCCAGUUGCACUGGAGAAAGUUGAGAAUCAAAGUUAUGAGGAGUUGAAGCCGCAGCAUACCAGUAGUGGUUCCAGAUCUUCCUUCCUGAAUGCAGGGCCCAUUUCCAGAAGGCUAGAAAGUUUUCUGGGUGACAGUGACACUGAAGAAUCCAAAGAAAUUUCCAAGAAUCAUGGUCCUCAGAAUCGGGACCCUUUGAGAGGCCACCACAAUUUGGAUUCAUUUGCUGUUGCUGAAGGAUGUCCAAAGGCAACUGCAUCCACCAAAGGGUCUGUGAUACUCAGAGAUGAGAUGAGUGAGGCAUUUGGAAAAGACAAAAGAGAGCAACUUGAGAGAAGCCUAUGGGAUAUGGGCAGUAUGCCUGGUGAGGAGGCUCAGCAAGCAGAUUGUGCCCUCUCCCGGGUUUCUCCUGUGGAGGAGACUUGUACAGAGCUGGUUGCACAAGAUGAAACCUCAGGGCGUGAAAAAGAAGGUUUGGAGAAAGAUCACAUUGUUCAAGAGGAUCAGCUGCUCAAAUGUCACAUACAGGAAGGAACGAGGAGCUACUAUUCCUUGGAAAUUGUAGAAGAGUUUACAGGAGGCAGCAAGACCAAUCCAGAGGAAGAAACAGAUGGGAUGUCUGUGGGAGAUGAUCCAGUUACACAAAUUCAGGGUGUUCUAGAGCAGGAAGGGGAUACCGAAGAAGAGGAGCAAGUGGUGGAAAGGCAGAGCGAGAGUCUAACUGCUUUUGGAAUAGAGAAUGCAGCUUUUGAUGAUGAGAGGAAUACAGAGCCAGAAAACCAAGGGCCUGAGGGCAAAGAAAUUUUGGAGGGAGAGGAGGAGUAUAUGUAUGACAGUGAAUAUGAGGAGUUUCCUGGGCUCUCUGAGGAGGAAGAUCCUAACCCAGACCGAAGAGUCAAGUUCUCAACAGCUCCUAUCAAGGUUUUCAGUACUUACUCAAAUGAAGACUAUGAUAGACGUAAUGAAGAAGUUGACCCUGUGGCAGCCUCAGCUGAGUAUGAACUCGAGAAGAGAGUGGAAAAAAUGGAAGUGUUUCCUGUGGAAAUAGAAAAAGGUGACAGUGGUCUGGGCAUCAGUAUUAUUGGAAUGGGAGUUGGUGCUGAUCAGGGCCUGGAAAAACUAGGGAUUUUUGUGAAAACAAUAACAGAGGGUGGAGCUGCUCAGAAAGAUGGACGAAUUCAAGUAAAUGAUCAGAUUGUUGAAGUCGAUGGCAUAAGUCUAGUGGGAGUUACUCAGUUCUUUGCAGCCACUGUUUUAAAAAACACCAAAGGCACAGUGAGGUUUCUGAUUGGGAGAGAGAAGCCAGGGACUCAGAGUGAAGUAGCUCGCCUCAUUAGUGAGACCUUGGAGCAAGAGAGAUGUCUGUAUGAGCAGCACUAUGUUCAUGAUGACACAGAGCAGGAUGAUGACUAUGAGGAGGAGGAUGAUGAUACAUAUGAAUCACAUUUCCACGGAAAAUCGGUAGAAGUUUUUGAUCUUCCUGAAAAUGAAGAUAUUGGUUUACCACUGGAUAUGGAUUCAGCUCAGUCUCUUCUUAAAUUUAAAGAGCUACAAUUAAAACAUGCAGUAACAACAGCUGAAGUGAAUCAACUGAAGGAGAAGUUAAAAAUUGCCGAAGCAGAAAAAAAUGAAUGGAAGCUAAGUCGGGCCCAACUUCAGCAAAACUUAGAUGAAAGCAAAGAGAAAAUUAAGAAGUUAGAGACCUACUGGUUAGAGGCACAGAGUUUAUGCAAAACAGUGAAUGAGCAUCUUAAAGAAACUCAAGAACAAUGUGAUGCCCUUGAAAAGAAAUACAACAAGGCCAAGAAACUGCUUAAAGAUUACCAACAAAAAGAAAUAGAAUUUAUGAAAAAAGAAGAGGAUCAUUCAAGGCUGCUUGAAGAGAGAGACCAGGCGCAUGCAGAACAGAUGAAAAUAUAUCAGGAAAAAAUCUCAGAGCUUGAAAGUAAAUUAAAAAUGUAUGAGAGAAUGCCAUGUGUGUUUGGAGGUGGGAGUUUAUUGGAAGAUAGUUGUCAAAGUCCAAGCCAAUAUGAUGAACAGGCAAAGAUUAGAGAAGAAAAUGAACAAGAAACUGUAUCAAUAGGAGACAGACCAAAUUCUUCAGGUAUGCUAAUUUCUGAUUUUGAUGCGUUUGUUGGGGAUACUCCCAGAUUAGACACCAGUGCUCACAAAGCAAAAGCUCAGCUGGCUUUGAAAGUAAAACGCCAGCCACCUUCUCGAUCAAAGCUGAAGGAAUCUCUUGGAGCUGGACAUCAGGCUGCAAAUAUGCAGGAUGAGGAUUCAGAAGAUACUGUUUUCAGCAGAGAUCUUUCCAGUGUGUACCUAACCAAGACGUUAGAAACGAGUGAAAAAUUAACUCUCCCGCACCUGGACAGCAUUGAUCAAAAGAGUGAAAAAGCUGAACAGAAGGAAAGCACAGAAAGUCCUGUAGAGUCAAGUCCUUCAGCUUCCACACACUCUUCUCCAGUACACAAACUAAACAAUGAAAACAGCACAACCACGGCUUGUUCACCUCCUGAAGACAUGGUUCCAAACUGUCCUCCAGGGUAUUCCAAGAAUCUUAAGCCAAGAGAAUCAAAAGGGAAAGGCAAAGAGGCCAAGGCAGAAGAAAAGAAAAGUGAAGACAGGACAGUAGAAACAAAUGAAGGAACAUCAUCAGGGAAGUCCAAAAGGAGAUUUCCAGAUUUUGGUGGAUUACGGAAAUCUGGGGGCAAGGGCAAGAAACAAGAAAAAGAAAAUCUAAGAGGUUCUCUGGAUAGCAGAGGUUCCAGAGAGCUGUUGGAUGACUCUGGCAACAAUCUAUCUGCAUCAGAUUCAGAUUCCCCUGUUCCUACUUGCAUGCCUUUCUCUUGGUUUGGAGACAGCCACAAAGAGCCUCAGAUUUCUAGCAGCAGCCUGCAUGUUACUCAGAGUGGGCAGGACAGUUGUGAACGUGGCCAGGAGAAGAGCAGAAAUAAGAGUAGAAUUGUCAUAGAUGAUACAUACCAUAGCAGGCCAAGUUGUGAACUAUCAGGGUUAGUGACAGAACCAAAUCUAUCAGGUCGUUCACACACUUUAACCUUCUCUUCAAAUGAGGCAUUAGAUGAUGAAUUUGCAACAACAGGAAAGCAAAAUCAAUGGCAUAGUAGACCUAUUUCUGAAUGGACCACCCAGCAAGUGUGCCACUGGUUAAUGGGAAUGAACAUGGAGCAGUACAUUAAAGAGUUCACAGCUAUGAACAUAGAUGGCCAACAGUUAAUGCAGCUCGACAGUGACAAGUUAAAGGCUUUGGGAGUUUCCAGUCAAAAUGACCGAUCAACAAUAAAGAAAAAAAUUAAGGAUAUUAGAAAAACACAGGAAAAACUGGAAAAGCAAAAGGAAAAGGUUCAAAAGAAGGAGAGAGAAGUUCGCAAGACUGGCAGAGUGGUAGCCACACUUGAAUCAAGCUGCUAAAGUAACCCUGUUUUGUUUUAGUGUAGACUUGCUUCACCUUGAGGAAGUUCAGCAGAUUUGUAAAUAAUUGUACAAUUGAGGGAGGAGGGAAAGUGCAACCGUUUAACAUGGUAGGUGUUCUUCACUUUUUAAUUGUGGUCCCUCCCCAUUAUAACACAAUAAAAUCAAAUAACGUUUUCAGUAUUUUUUAUUCCUAGUUGACUCAGCCUUGACUAAUAGACAGUAACUUAAUUUUCUGCCUUAAUUAGUGUUUGUGCUUCUAAGACCUCAUAUGCCCUUUUAUUGAAAUCAAUGUUUGGGAAAAGUAAUUCUGGUGUUAAACAUCAUUCCCAUUUUAGUCAACUAGCAUUUGAUAGCCUCAAAUCUGAUAGAGGGCCAGCAGAAAAAAAACCCUGCCAACAAAUUCAGUCUGUGACAGUCUGUUUGUCUCUUGCCACUAAAGAUGUAUAGCAAAAAGUUAAGGAAACAGCCAAAUUAAUUUCAAAAGAAAAGCAUGUAUUUCAAAUUCGUGGGAUUCAUUUAAAUUCACACCAUUUCUGGGGUUUUCACUCAAAGUUCACUGUGGUAGCACAUUGUCUUGGAAUUCUACAUGUUGCAAUUUUCUGAGAAAACAACAGGUAUUAAGUAGUUUUCACAAACUACACCUACUAAGCACAUUAUUAAGUUUUCUAUACACAACAUGUGGUGUUGGGACAAGGUUGGAACCUAUAAAUAAGAUCUUUUUUAACCUAUUUUUCCUAAGUAAUACAUAGUUUUAUAGAUUUAUGCGAAGAUCAAUUUGCAAUACAUGUAUUUCUCUUUUCUACCUGCUACAAGAUUUUUGUGGACCAAAUUUAUAUAUUUGCUAAUUUUAAACUGUUUUUCAAACUUACUGAAGGAGGAAUUCUAGGAAAAACUAUCACUGAAGCACUGGGUUUCUGCAUUUUAUUUAAGUGUUCAAUUGUAGCCUGCAGAUUAUUUCUCUUUAAAGGAGGAUUUGAUUCAGAAUAGUUUAGAACACUAAUUGGUCUUUUGUAUAUUUUCUAAAGAUACUACAACAGCACUUCCUUUUUAAUUAGAUUAUACAUAGACUAGUUUAUAAAUUCCACCAUAGAAUGGACUAGAACGAAGCUUAACAAAAUUAGUUUAUGUGGACCAAGUUCUCCUUUAAAUCUAUGAGCUGUUUUUUUUUUUCAAUUUAAUUAAAUGAAUGAAUUUCACUGUUGGUGUUUCACAGUAGUUGUUUUUUUGUUGGUGUAAGUGUAUUAUGAAUUUCAGCAAAAGGACUGUGUGGAAGUGCUUCUGCACACUAUGCAUUUCCAAAAUAAACAUUUGAAAACCUUGGUAAUAA